AUGUUAGCUGUAAAAGGAGAUGCAAAUGAUGAGGUAAGACUGAAAGACAUAGAUGCAGAAAUGUUUGUUUUGAAUGAAAGUGAAACAUUGAAGCUGAAUGAUAAAGUAUAUAAAGCCUUAUUUAAAAGCGAUUCAUUGGGAGAGUGUGGAACUUUGUUUCACAUGAAGACAGCAUUAAGGAGGAAUGAUGUUAAUGGAAAUGUAAAAUCAAACUACAAAGCCCAUGAAGAACUACUUCUGCUAAUUGUUAAAGCAUUAAUUCACAUAGCUUCAGAUGAAAUCAAGGACUGCAGAGAACAAAACAGAGACAUUGUGCUUAGUAGUGUUUUUUCAAAGAUUUAUGGUUUGUACAGUCUAGGAUACAGUACAGAAGAUUAUGUUUGCAACUAUUUCACAAAUUUAUUAACCUGGGGGAUGCAAAUUGUGAAUAUGAAUGACACAGCAAAGGAGGGGGACAUGGAGAGACUCAUAAUGAAUAUGAAGGAAAAUGCUGCCUUUUUUUACAGCCACUCAGCAAUGAGUAAAUAUUUUUCUGAGUGCAUUAAUACCAUCUUGCAAGUAGAUCAUCUUUCAUCCCCUCAUAUGAAAAUGAGACAGCUAGAAGGGGCAUUCGUCAAUACUAAAGGGGGAAAUGGUAAGAACAAGGAAGCAGACCUUGUGCAGGAGCAUGCCAUUAGAAACCAGAAAGACUUAAUAAGAGGUCUAGGUAAGAAAAAUAGAUUUAGCCUGCAAUCAGCCUGUUACCCUGCUUCCAUUUUGGGCAAGUGGUAA